GAAUCGUUGCUGAAAUUAUGCCUCGGAGGCUACUCCCUGAGGACGGGCAGAGGCCCAGCAAGAGCCUGAUCCUGGUCAUCUUUGCCAUGGCCAUUCUCAUGAAGGCCGGCAUCAUUGUGGUGGAGCUGAUGCUCUAAGCGGUGGGCCAUUGAUGGGAUAAUUACCUGCAAUGAAAGGAACAAAAGGUUACUACUCCGAAGAAAGAAAACACACAGAAAAGGUGAG